CAGGCUCGGCGGCAGCCCCGGGGACCUCGCAAGGGCCUUGCCAGCGGCCCGGGGAGCGGCGCUGGGAGCGGCGGGGCGGCAGGCACCCAGCACCAGCAGCAGGAUGAGUGUGGAGGCAGGCAGCAAGCCCCUGAGGGUGGGCUCCAGGGUGGAGGUCAUCGGGAAGGGACACCGAGGGACCGUGGCCUACGUGGGUGCCACCCUGUUUGCCACGGGCAAGUGGGUGGGUGUCAUCCUGGAUGAAGCCAAGGGCAAGAACGACGGGACUGUGCAGGGCAGGAAAUACUUCACCUGUGAGGAGAACCACGGCAUCUUCGUCAGGCAGUCACAGAUCCAGGUCUUUGAAGAUGGAGCUGACACAACAUCCCCAGAAACACCAGAGUCUGCUGCCAUGAAAGUCCCCAAAAGAGAUUCCCUGGAUGCCACCAAAGCCAGCAAACUGACCAGCGCCCGGCGCCCCAAGCCCACCCGCACCCCCAGCUCCACAGCCUCGGGUGGGACGGCUGCAGCCUCGGGCUCUGCCUCUGCCUCUGGGGGGGAGAUGAGCAGCAGUGAGCCCAGCACGCCUGCACAGACCCCACUGGUGGCUCCUGUCAUCCCCUCGCCCUCCCUCACCUCUCCAGUGGCACCUCCAGUCCCCUCGCCCACCAAGGAGGAGGAAAAUUUACGUUCUCAAGUCAGGGACCUGGAGGAGAAAUUGGAGACUUUGAAGAUAAAGCGGAAUGAAGACAAAGCAAAGCUGAAGGAGCUCGAGAAGUAUAAGAUCCAGCUGGAGCAGGUGCAGGAAUGGAAGAGCAAAAUGCAGGAGCAGCAGGCCGACCUCCAGAAACGGCUGAAGGAGGCCAAAAAGGAAGCCAAAGAUGCCUUGGAGGCCAAGGAGCGCUACAUGGAGGAGAUGGCAGACACUGCUGAUGCCAUCGAAAUGGCCACCCUGGACAAGGAGAUGGCAGAGGAGAGGGCAGAGUCCCUGCAGCAGGAGGUGGACUCCCUGAAAGAGAAGGUGGAAUAUCUCACCAUGGACCUGGAGAUCCUGAAGCACGAGAUUGAAGAGAAAGGCUCGGAUGGAGCAGCCUCCAGCUACCAGGUGAAGCAGCUGGAGGAGCAGAAUGCCAGGCUGAAGGAAGCUCUCGUCAGGAUGCGGGACCUGUCGGCCUCAGAGAAGCAGGAGCACGUGAAGCUUCAGAAGCAGAUGGAGAAGAAGAACACGGAGCUGGAGUCCCUGAGGCAGCAGAGGGAGAAGCUGCAGGAGGAGGUGAAGCAGGCAGAGAAAACGGUCGAUGAGCUGAAGGAGCAGGUGGACGCUGCUCUGGGUGCUGAGGAGAUGGUGGAGACUCUGACAGAGAGAAACUUGGACCUGGAGGAGAAGGUCCGGGAGCUGCGUGAGACAGUUGGGGACCUGGAAGCCAUGAAUGAGAUGAAUGAUGAGCUGCAGGAGAAUGCCCGUGAGACAGAGCUGGAGCUGCGGGAGCAGCUGGACAUGGCCACGUCCCGCGUGCGGCAGGCGGAGCGGCGCGUGGAGGCGGCGCAGGAGACGGUGGCAGAUUACCAACAAACCAUCAAGAAAUACAGGGAGCUGACUGCACACCUCCAGGACGUGAACCGAGAGCUGAUGAGUCAGCAAGAAGCCUCUGCUGAGAAGCAGCAGCAGCCUCCCCCCGAGAUGUUUGACUUCAAGAUUAAAUUUGCAGAGACAAAAGCCCACGCCAAGGCCAUCGAGAUGGAGCUGCGUCAGAUGGAGGUGCAGCAGGCCAACAGACACGUCUCCCUCCUCACCUCCUUCAUGCCCGACAGCUUCCUGCGACACGGAGGGGACCACGACUGUGUCCUGGUGCUGCUCCUCAUCCCACGGCUCAUCUGCAAGGCUGAGCUGAUCAGCAAGCAGGCUCAGGAGAAGUUUGAUCUGACCGAGAACUGCUCCGAGCGCGCGGGGCUGCGCGGGGCUGCGGGAGAACAGCUCAGCUUUGCUGCAGGGCUGGUUUAUUCCCUCAGCCUGCUGCAGGCCACGCUCCACAAAUAUGAGCAGGCACUGAACAAGUGCAGUGUGGAGGUGUACAAGAAGGUGGGGAUGCUGUACCCCGAGAUGAGUGUCCAUGAGCGCUCCCUGGACUUCCUGAUCGAGCUGCUGCACAAGGACCAGCUGGAUGAGACUGUCAACGUGGAGCCCCUGACCAAAGCCAUCAAGUACUACCAGCACCUCUACAGCAUCCACCUGGCUGACCAGCCUGAGGACUGCACCAUGCAGCUGGCUGACCACAUCAAGUUCACCCAGAGUGCCUUGGACUGCAUGGGGGUGGAGGUGUGCCGGCUCCGGGCCUUCCUCCAGGCCGGGCAGGAGGCGUCUGACCUGGCCAUCCUCCUCAAGGACCUGGAGACCUCCUGCAGUGACAUUCGCCAGUUCUGUAAGAAGAUCCGGCGCCGCAUGCCCGGCACCGACGCCCCCGGCAUCCCCGCGGCCCUGGGCUUUGGGCAGCAGGUGUCAGACACGCUGCUGGACUGCCGCAAGCACCUCACCUGGGUGGUGGCCGUGCUGCAGGAGGUGGCUGCAGCAGGGGCACAGAUGAUUGCUCCCCUGGCAGAGAACGAGGGGCUGCAGGUGCUGAAGCUGGAGGACCUGGCCUUCAAAGUCAGCGAGCAGAUCUAUGGCACCCAGGGCAUCAGCCCCUACGAGUGUCUGCGCCAGUCCUGCAGCAUCCUCAUCGCCACCAUGAACAAGAUGGCCACGGCCAUGCAGGAGGGGGAGUACGACGCGGAUAGACCUCAGACCAAGCCCACUCCCCCGGCCGAGCUGCGGGCAGCGGCUCUUCGGGCAGAGAUCACUGAUGCUGAGGGGCUGGGGCUGAAGCUGGAGGACAGGGAGACGGUCAUCAAAGAGCUGAAGAAGUCUCUCAAGAUCAAGGGUGAGGAGCUCAGCGAAGCCAACGUGAGGCUCAGCCUGCUGGAGAAGAAGCUGGACAGUGCCUCCAAGGACGCCGACGACCGCGUGGAGAAGAUACAGACAAAGCUGGAUGAGACCCAGACACUGCUCAAAAAGAAAGAGAAGGAGUUUGAGGAGACCAUGGAUGCUCUCCAGGCAGACAUUGACCAGCUGGAGUCAGAGAAGGUGGAGCUGAAGCAGCGCCUCAACAACCAGUCCAAGAGAACCAUCGAGGGCCUGCGUGGCUCCCCAGCCUCUGGGGUGGCCUCCAUCGUGUCUGGCAUUGCUGGAGAGGAACAGCAGCGAGGUGCUGGUGCUGGGCAGGUGACAGGAGGUGGCUCGGGGCCCGUCCAGGUGAAGGAUUCUCCUCUCCUCCUCCAGCAAAUCGAUGCCCUGCAGCUUUCCAUCAAGCACCUCAAGAACGAGAACAAUCGGCUCAAGGGAGAGCAGAUGAAGCUGGAGCUGGCCAGCCUGGCACCCCUGCGGGUGCCCAAGAUCUCCCUCCCCAAGGAGAAGCAGGGGGAAGGGCUGGCCACCCAGGCACUGUACCGCAGGAGCAGCCAGCUCCUGGAGACCCUCUACCAGCUCAGCGCCAACACCAAGGUCCUCAACAUGAAAGGCACCAAGUCCACAAGGAGCUCCUCUGCACGGCUGCUGGAGCAGACAGCCCGGCUCUGCACCCUGAAAUCCACCAUCGACACCCUGCGGGAUGACACGAUGCGGGCCAUGGUCCAGCAGCAGCCCGGUGCCGGUGUCCCCACCGACUUUGGCGUCUUCCCCUCCUCCUCCUUCCUGAAGGCCAAGCGGGAGCAGGAGGAGGGGAUGUCGUGCUACGGGCGGGUGAGCUUCCCCUGCGCCCCGGGGCAGAGCCAGGCACACCGCCUGCUGCUCACCCCCGAGCUGCUGCACCAGCUCCGCAGCCACUUCGUCUGCUGAGCGGGACCCCCGGCACGGGCGGGGGACGCUGCACAGAGCCCCCCACCCCAUCCCCACCCCCAUCCCCAUCCCCACCCCCAUCCCCAUCCCCAUCCCCAUCCCCAUCGCUGCUCUCAUACACUACGGCCGGGACCCCCGGGAGGCACCGCAGCCCCCGCCUCCCCGCAGUGCAGCCCGGUGCCCGCAGAGCUGGGGGGUGACCCGGGAUGUGACCCCAACCCCCGCCCCAUCGCCACCCCCGGCACUCCCGCUCUCCAAUAAAGCUGCCCUGAACCUGCC